AUGAUUCCUGGAGAAAUGGUAGAACCAGAAAGAAAACAACCAAAUGUGAAUCAUGAUUGGGUGCUAAACUUCAAACAGGCUGUAGAUGUUGUAUUUACUGCAGAACCAUGGACAAUGCCAUGGACAGCUAACACCAUUUUACAAAAGGCAGACGGCCAGACGCGAUCAUUCAAGGCUUCAAGCGAGGGAGUUGGUCACGGGUGGGGCCGCCUGUGCGGUGCCUGGUUCUUCGUCUUCAUCAAACCCUCUAGGUAUCGGCUCUUCCUCUCAAAAGGUUAG